AUGUUACACAACAAAUAGAUACGUGGUUUGGGUGCAAGGAACCUGCUGGUGAUUGCAGACAGUGAUCUCAUUGAAAGAGACUGCCGCGCGUCCGGAUGUUGAUGAGAGGAUAUGGGGCAGAUUGUGUCGUUUCUCAACAGUCCACUGCAUGUUAUUCGUUUCCAAUAUCUUUGUGGAGUCCCAUACACGAAGGAAGAGCUUGCAGGUCAUGUUUCUAAGAAGGUGUCUUCAAUCGGUAACGGUCCCAUUGCAAAAAAUGGCAAAGUGAGACACAGACAACAAACAUGCGACACGUCUGACCACACUGAAGAAGAAGAGGCGACACAACCUGUUAGUGGAUACUUUGUCUUUGACCUGAUGUUUCGUUUCUGUUCUGGUUUGGGAGGUGAACUCUUCUACAUCACUUUCUUGCCUUUCUGUUGUUGGAACGUUGACUUCUGGCUUAUUCGCCGCUGCAUAUGGUUGUGGGUCGUGACCAUGUAUGUGGGACAGGCCAUGAAAGACAUCUUCAAGCGUCCUCGGCCUCCAAAGCCAGUCAAACGUCUAGAAACGUGGUUUGACAAUGAAUAUGGAUUUCCGUCUACACACGCUAUUGUAGCUGCGUGUAUUCCAUAUGGACUGUGGUAUCUGGCUCUCAAUCGCUACCAGUUUCCAUCAGAUGUUGCAUUUGUAAUAGCUUCUGUGUGGUGUGCUUUGGUUUGUAUCAGCCGCUUGUACUUGGGUAUUCACACUAUUCUUGACAUUUUGGCUGGAUGUUUCAUAGCAGUCUCUCUUCUCUAUACGAGUUCUUGGCUAAUGGACUCGUUUGAUGAGUUUGUAUGUACUCAUCCGCUUUCGCCAAUUGUUGUUGUUUUGGGUGCAGUUUUUCUUAUGGUAGUUUACCCAAGGAAGCAACAUGUGUGGUGUCCAGCUCGAGGUGAUACAGCAAAGAUUGUUGGAGUUGGUAUUGGAGUUGGUGUUGGUGCUUGGUACAUCAAUGACAUUACUACAGAUCCUUAUAUAGAUACACCCUUCCCAGUUAAAAUCGAAUCAAUGACUAUAGUGGUGGCAAGCAUCCUUCGUUUCAUUCUUGGUUGUCUGCUGCUCGUACUUGUUCGGGAGAUAUUUGAGACUAUUUCAUUAAAGAUUCUCAGUCGUAUUUUGCCUAACGAUCCAUCAGUGUUUUGGAAACAUCAAGUUUGGUUGGAGAUUCCUGUUCGUCUUGUGACAUACUCAGCAGUUGGCUUCGCUGUGCUUUUUCCUGCUCCUAUCGUAUUUCAAUUUCUUGGACAUCAUUUUGGUAUUGACUUGACUGUGACUGCCUUUUGAGUACACAAAUACAUAAUAAUUAUUGAUUUUCUUGAUGUUAUUGGUGUAAAAUGAGUCGUGUUAAGUUAAUUAACAGUAGAGUUCAAGAAGAAACAAUUGCAAACACUUGCAUUUAGACAAGGGCAAUGACAGCAAUACAGUAACAACAAGCUAAGACAAAAC